GAUGGGGAGGCGAGUCUAUCAUGUGAGCAGUAACUCUCAACGUAAUCAGCAACCGGAUUCAAACAGGGUACUGACCCAGUUACUGGUGUUCCUGUACUGUAAGUGUUUGUGGAGGGGCCUGAAGUUUGUCAUCAGGAAGUUGACUGGACGAUGUGAGCUUCAACGCAUCUGUUACAAUAACAAACCCGGUGCUCGAAGGACGCUCAAGAUUGAAUCCUCACUCAAAUGCUCUAAACAUGAGCUUUUGCAGUCUGCCAUCAACGUUCACCCAGAUUCUGUGGAAAAGACUAUCGAUGAUAUAAUGUCCCUGAAAAAGAUCAACCCUGACACUAACCCACAGCUUGGCAUCUCUCUCCAGGCUUGCCUGCUCCAGAUCGUGGGUUACCGAAACCUAGUAGUGGAGGUGGAGAAGCUGCGUAGAGAGCCGUAUGCCUGUGAAAACCCAGCACAUGAGGAGAUGCUCAUGAAGCUGUGGAAGGAACUCCGUCCUGAUUCUCCUCUCUCUGGACGCAUCUCAAAGCAAUGGUGUGAGAUUGGUUUCCAAGGAAACGACCCCAAGACUGAUUUCAGGGGCAUGGGUCUCCUGGGUUUGCACAACCUACUGUAUUUUGCAGAGCAUGACAAAGCCACCGCUCUCCAAGUUCUUCAUGACUCCCUGCAGCCCAAACACAGGUUAUUUUUUUUCAAGCCGUGCAGUCGAUCACACCUUCAGCAUGCUCUGUUACCAUCAUGCACAUCAUGCACCCACACAUUCCUUUUUUUCUGUUCCUGCUUCUUUUUUAUUCCCAUCACUGUCAUGCGCAGGAACGUUUCCAAAGAGGAAGCCAGCAAGAUGAGCAGAGCUGAUUGGGACAAGAAGAAAUUUGACAAAGCGAUUGGAUACUCCUUUGCCAUAGUUGGCAUAAACAUCACAGACCUGGCAUAUUCCCUGCUGGUGAGCGGGGCUCUGAAGACUCAUCUGUACAAUGUGGCACCAGAGAUACCAAGUCUAGUGCACUUCCAACAGACCUUCUGUUAUCUGAUGCAGGAGUUCCACAGAUUCUGGAUCGAGGAAGAUCCACGUGACAUCAUGGAGUUCAAUCGCGUGCGCACCAAGUUCCACAAGCGCGUCCUGAAGCAGCUGAAGAACCCUGACAUGGCACUGUGUCCUCACUUCACUGCCUCUGACCUUCACCUGGUUAACCUGUAGCUUCUCAUUCGUCUCAACUCUCAUGACCUUUCACCUCCUCAUCCUUAAAGCCCAUGUCACAUUACUGCCAACUGCUUAGCCGGUCUCUUUCUCACACAUUCUCACACCAAUGUCUCCUUCAGCCCAUCCGACCAGACGUUACUGAAGAUCACCAGCACUGCUGAAGACCAUGUUGAUUGUACGUGUGCAUGGCAACAGAUCACCACCUUACAGCUUUCACACUGAUUGUGAUAUUUACAGCUAUCUGAAUGUGGAUGGGAGAAAGAUCUCUCCCGAUAGGACAAAGUUCCCUAUCCACCAGUAGGUAGAGCUGUUGGUAUGUAUUGGGUAAGACACUGAGCUUCAGGUGCGCAAGAGUUUUUACCCACAUCCACCACAGUAGGCUGCGGUGAUACCAGGCACACUUAGAAACAGGUGGCCAUUGUUUGUAUACGCUAUCAUACACUUUCAGAGCUGCUAUAUUAAAGAUAACCUUUGUUUAAUUAUUGUAAAUCUUUUAAAGGAAUAUUCAAGAUUCAGUACAAGUUAAGCUCAAUCAACAGUACUUUUGGUAUAAUGUUGAUUGCGACAAAAAUAUUAUUUAAAAAAACAAAAAUCUGGCUUACAGUGACAUUUACAAUGGAGGUAAAUGGGGCCAAUUUGUAAAUAUUAAAAUACUGUUCCAAUACUGUAGCCAUAAGAAGAUACACAUGUAUAAUUGCAGUGUGAAAAAAUACUAACCUUUUCUGUGUAAAGUUAUUUACAAUUUUAUAACAUUAUUGGCAUGACAACCCUUAAAACAAUUGUAAAUACGAUGAUUUAAACAGAUUGACAUCUCAAAUAAUACAUACAUUUUAUCAGAAGAAUUCAUGUUAGUGCUUUUAUGAUAUUAUAAGUGUUAAAUUUCUGCUUUUAAACACUUUAAAAUGGGCCCCAUUCAUAUCCACUGUGGGUGGCUCACUGUAAGCCAGAUUUUAUUAUUAUUAUUAAAAAAAAGGGAAGAGUCGACAUACAUUUUUGUGGUAUUCAACAUUAUCCCACAGAUAAUGUUACGUCUAACUCGCAUUGAACCCAGAACAAUCCUUAAAAUGGAAAUGAUUUCAGCUUGCUGUAUUUACUUACAGAUGAUUAUUCAUUCAUAAUUUCAUAACCAUUAUUGUCACUCUCAUAUUCUGAAUCUCAUUCUUCUAUCACAUACGUACAGUACAUACUGUAGACUACAUGUUGCCAAGAAGCAGAGCUUAAAAUCAAAUAUUCACUUUCCACAUAUGGUAGGAUAAUGUGUGUUUUGUGAAUGUUAUCAUGCAGAGCACAUGAUUGUUUUACAAAUGUAUUAGUGUUGAUGUAAACAAAAAAAAGAUGGAAUGUUCCAUUUUUCUGUUCUAGCACCAAAGCAAUAAGUGACGUUUAGAACAUUUAGUAGAACAGUCUUGUUUUCUUUUGCACAAGUGGUGCCUCUGUUGUAUUAUUAAGACACUAAUUAGCAUAAUUCAUGUAUAACUCUGAAGUUUUGCCCUCAGUGUGAGUAUUUCAGGCUUUCUUUGGUCUCUUCUGCAUUUCUUUCACUUUUACAGCUGUGUCACAUCACAAAUGCAUGUUGCUCUUUUGUUUAAGUUUGUCCAUUAACCCUUUAACAUGAUGGACGGUCACAGGGUUUGCAUGAUGAUCUAGUUUUU